AUGAAGAUCAUUUUCGUCGUUGCUCUCCUUGCUUUGGCUACAACCAGCGCAUCUGCACAAUUUUAUGCUUAUAAUCAAGGUUAUGGGCAAUAUUUGUUACAACAGCAACUCCUUUUGCAGCAACAAAUGCUUAACCCAUGCAAUGAAUUUGUAAGGCAGCAGUGCAGCAUAGCGGCAACUCCUUUCUUGCAAUCAGUUGUUUCUCCGUUGAGAAACUGCCAAAUCAUGCAACAACAGUGCUGCCAACAGCUCAGGUUGAUGGCGCAACAGUCCCAUUGUCAAACCAUUAGCAGUGUUCAGGCAAUAAUGCAACAGCUACAGCUACAACAGUUUGGUGGCAUGUACUUUGAUGAAGCUCAAGCCCAAGCUCUUCUCGCCUGGAAGUUGCCAUCCAUCUGUGGCAUCUACCCGAGCUACUAUAGUACUCCAUGCAACACUCCCACUGUUGGUGGUGUCUGGUAUUAAAAUGUAAUAGUUUAAAAGUCAUACAUCAUCAUGUGUGAUCAGAUGGAA